UGCCUUGUCGAACUUCAGAACAUAACUCGAAACAAAAAAACAGAGAAAGAGGGGGAGGAGAGAGAGCCAAAAAUUGCAGAGAGAAGUGGUGAUGAAGGGUUUCGGAAGACUUAUAGGGCGAGCCAAUUUCUUCAGAAGAUUGGAACGCUGUGCAGAAAACAGUGCCCGAUACAAAUCUCAUCGCCUAUUAUUCGCUUAUUCAGCAACGUCCAUAGCAGCUUCUGAUUUUACAUCCCUCAGAUCUUCAUCUACCCCUUCUUUACACUCCUCCAAAUGGCCUCAUUUCGGAGGGCAGAGGAGGACAAUGUUUAUCGAAACACAAUCCACUCCUAAUCCUUCAUCUCUCAUGUUCUUUCCCGGGAAGCCAGUUAUGGAAGUUGGAAGUUCAGACUUCCCAAAUGCUCGUUCCGCCAUGAAUUCGCCACUGGCAAGAGCUCUGUAUGGAAUAGAUGGAAUUACUCGUGUUUUCUUUGGAUCAGAUUUUGUAACUGUAACAAAAUCAGAAGAUGCAUCCUGGGAUUUCCUAAAACCUGAAAUUUUCGCAGCAAUCAUGGACUUCUAUUCUUCUGGUAACCCACUGUUUCUGGACUCAAAUGCUGCAGCUUCCAAGGACACAACUAUCCAUGAAGAUGAUUCAGAAACUGUUGCAAUGAUCAAAGAAUUAUUGGAGACUCGUAUUCGACCAGCAGUGCAAGAUGAUGGUGGGGACAUCGAGUACAGGGGAUUUGAUCCAGACACUGGAAUAGUCAAACUUAGAAUGCAAGGAGCAUGUAGUGGCUGCCCUAGUUCAUCUGUCACUUUGAAAACUGGCAUUGAGAACAUGCUGAUGCAUUAUGUACCUGAGGUUAAAAGCGUGGAACAGGAACUCGAUGCUGAAGAUGAAGAGGCAACGUUAACUGGGCAGGUUUGAUUAGUUGAAUUUACAAUCAUGUCAAUUUCCAAAAAACGAAAAAAAAAAAAAAAAUUAGAAUCUACGUUUUGCGAAUGAUAUGUAGAUAAACAGUGAAAUCAAAGAGGAAUUUGCUACGUACCCUCUGCUAAUGUAUAUAUUGUAAGUCCAUCCACUUCUUGUAUAUAAUUAUAUAUUGGUUAAAUCUAUGAGAGACUGAUAAUUGCACUAAUACGUGAUAUAAACAUGUUAUCUUUUGUGGGGCAAGCGCUUCAAUAAGAGUUCAUAUAUAUUUAUAUUGCAUAAUGGUGUUGAAAUUUAUGGGUUUUCUUUUAAGAACUUUUGUUAUUUAGCCAAAGACUUCUAACCUAGCUGGUAAGAUGCCUCCUGAUGGCUCUUUGGAGAGCAUGGGUUCGAGUCUUGGCCCCAAUUAUCCCAUAACAUUUACCCUUCAGGAAAAAAAAAAAAAAAAAAAAAAAAAAACCUUUUGUUAUUUACCUGUCUCUUUUAUUUAUUUAUUUUGACAUGGUACAAUUCUCUGUUAUUGACUGGAUAUUGGAGUGAUCGCCGGUUGAAAUAUUAUUUCGCUAAAAAAAUGUUUGAUAUAAGAAGGAUAUGUGCAAAGGGUUUUUAGCGAUGGGUUCAGACUUAACAUGUUUAAGAUUAAUUAUCUGACCCUAGCAAGAUAAUGACUUGUAUUAACUAUGUGUUGAAAAAUAGUUUGUAUAUGUGCAUUGUCUUUUGUAUUUAUGUGGUUGAAUAUUUUUGUAUUGACGCAAACUCCUCUGAAUUUUUUAAAUAGUUAUGGGACUAGUAUCUUUUUAAUAUGAAUUAAUAAAUUAGAGAACCUUUGUCAAUAAGCUCUUCCCACAAGUCCUCUAGAGCUCUGGAAAUCCUCCCCCAAACAGAGGGUUCUUUAUUUUCUCAGUUUUUGUGCAUUAGGGGAGAGAAGGAUUUUAUAACGAGUAAAGGUUCGACCAGAUUAUAUUUGCAUACUAAUAUUUUAACAAGGCUACCUGUAAGGCCACGCAUAUUUGACCUUCCCCUUCUCUUGGUAAAGGAAGGAGUUUUUUGUUUUCUUGUUUUUGUUUUUGUUUUAAUGAAUGGUUUUACAUGGUGACAUGCGAUUGUCUUGUGCUCUGUUUGAUAGAAAGAAAGACAAUUGAAUAGAAGAAAGAAAAGAAGAGAUAAAUGAGGUAUCUUUAGGGAAAAGAUGGGUAAUUUCUCUUUGGAUGAGACAAACACCUUAUUUUAUUUGUUAGAGAGAAUAGGAGAGAGAUUGCUAAAAUUGAGUUUAUUUGAUAAUUAUAGGUAGUAUUGUAAUUUAAAUAUUUUUAUGAAGUCUUGCUUCUUUUCCUUCUUCUCCAGUCCAAAUUUGAAGGGAUGAAAAAUUUGUGAAACAAGAAGGAUGGCUUAUUCAUCAUUUUUUUUUGUUUU